AUGCCUGUCCCACAAGUGACUCUCAACGACGGCACCAAGAUUCCUCGAAUCGGAUUCGGGCUCGGUACGGCACACUAUGGCAAGGAAUGUACCUCCCACCUCCUAUCCGCCCUUCAGACGGGAUACACUUAUAUCGACUGUGCGGAGAUGUACGCCAACGGCUCGUCUGUCAAGGAUGCUCUGAAGCAGUGGGAUGGGAAGAGGGAGGAUCUUUAUAUCCUUCAGAAGUGUGGUGGAGGCGAGUUCGGUACGAAGAAUCCGAAAGAGAUCUUGGAGAGGCUGCUGGCAGAUAUGGGAAUUGACCAUGUUGAUCUUUAUCUAUUGCACUCCCCUUUACUCUUCUCCCCCGACUACACGUUGAGCGAAGCAUGGGCCAUCAUGGAAGACCUCCAAGCUUCCGGACUCACCAAGUCUAUCGGCGUCAGCAACUUUCGCGAAGAAGAUCUCCUCGAGAUCCAAAAGACGUGGAAAGUCGUCCCUGCCGUAAACCAAAUCGAAUUUCAGCCGUACAACUAUCAUGCUGCCAACAUGACCCGUCUUUUUGACCUUUGUUCCUCUGAGAAUAUCACUAUCGAGUGCUACGGCCCGCUCACACCUCUGACCAAGGCACCGGGGGGUCCCGUCGACCCAGUCGUAUCUCGUAUCGCGACUGAGAAGGGGUACGAAACUUCCCAAGUCUUGUUGAACUGGGCAGCACAAAAGUCCAAGGGGGUGGUAGUGACUACCAGUGCGAACAAGACACGACAGACGACCCAGCUGGAUGCCAUUCGGGAGAAGGAGCCAUUGAGCGAGGCAGAGAUGGAAGAGAUCAGCGAGGCGGGCAAGAAGCAGUUCAAGAGGGCGUUCAUGGAGAAGGUUUGGAAUGCGGCCAAGCCCUAG